AUGGCUCCUCUGACCCAGCCAGCCCCUGCAGUCCCGCUGCCACUUCCUCCGGUGAUGUGCCGGACUCUGCCCCAGGUCCACCUGCAGACGCAGCAGGAGGUGAAGAUGAGGAUGAUGGGGAUGGCGAUGCGUGUGAUCCGCACUGACGGCUUCCUGGCUCUCUACAACGGGCUCAGUGCCUCGCUGUGCAGGCAGAUGACGUAUUCCUUGACUCGCUUCGCCAUCUACGAGAGCGUGAGGGACCGCCUGGGCCAGGGCAGCCAGGGGCCUCCCCCCUUCUACCAGAAAGUGCUGCUGGGUGCAGUGGGAGGUUUCACCGGCGGGUUCGUGGGGACUCCAGCAGACAUGGUGAACGUCAGGAUGCAGAACGACAUGAAGCAGCCUCCUGCCCUGCGGCAGGGCUUGAAGAAACUCUUUUCGGGAGCUACGAUGGCAUCCAGCCGAGGGGCCCUGGUCACCAUUGGGCAGCUCUCCUGUUACGACCAGGCCAAGCAGCUGGUUCUCUCGACUGGGUUGCUGUCAGACAACAUCUUCACUCACUUCCUGGCCAGCUUCAUCGCUGGUGGAUGCGCCACAUUCCUGUGCCAGCCCCUGGAUGUGCUCAAGACCCGCCUCAUGAACUCCCAGGGCGAGUACCGGGGUGUUACCCACUGUGCCAUGGAAACCGCCAAGCUCGGGCCCCUCGCCUUCUACAAGGGCUUCGUUCCUGCUGCCAUCCGGCUCAUUCCUCACACCGUCCUCACCUUUGUCUUCCUGGAGCAGCUGCGCAAAUACUUUGGGAUCAAAGUGAUCACCUGAGUAGGAGGGAUGGGACCCUGCCUCGCCCCAGGGGGGUGAGCGUGCAGGUCACCGCUGAGAUCCCAGAACCC